GUUUCCGCCAGAUAAACUUGCCGCGGCUAUAUAAAGUGUUGGGUUGGGAUGUCCAGAAUACAGACAAGUCUAGGGUUGAACCUAAAACAAGACAGCAAAAUGAAACGCAGCCUAUCCCUGUUUACGCUCUUAUGCUCGCUUCAGCCCGUUUUUUCGCUUCUAGAUAACGGUGUCUGUCUUCUGCAAGUGGACGAGGGGCCGUGCAGAGCAUUGAUUCCGAGAUAUUAUUAUAACACCAUCACUCAGAAAUGCGAGGAGUUUCACUAUGGAGGGUGCAAUGGGAACGCCAAUAACUUCAAGAGUUAUAAGGAGUGCCUGAAAACAUGCUAUAGAAUCCCAAAAGUCCCACAAAGGUGUAGAUUCCCCCAGGAGAUCGGCCCGUGCCGGGCCCUCCACAAGCUCUAUUCCUUCAACAUGACCACCAUGCAAUGCGAAGCAUUUGGCUAUGGAGGCUGCCAGGGCAAUGAAAACCGCUUCCUGGACCUCAAAGUCUGCAAUGAAUACUGCAGCCCCCACAAAACCAUUCCUAUUCUGUGCCUGGAUUUGCUGGACAGAGGGAAGUGUGCGGCGUCCAUCCCACGCUUCUACUAUAAAGCAUCCAGCGGGACCUGCGAGGAGUUCAGCUACUCAGGCUGUGGCGGCAGCAGCAACAACUUUGUAUCUAGGAGGAGCUGCACGGACGUCUGCGUUAAAAUUCCGGGACAUAAUAAUCGCCAGUACAACGCAAACAGACGGCGGGAGCGAAGAUACCGAAACAAUAUGGUUAAAGAUGAACUUGCUUAGAGGUUCCACCGUCUCAUGAAUGGAUCACUCAAUGCAACCUGCCAUGGUUUGAAGUAGGACUAUCGUCUGCCAUCCUGCUGUGGCUGCCUGAAUAAUGACAUUGCACUGCUCCCUGUAUUCGACUACAGUCAAUAUUAUACUGUGAAGUGGGGCAGUUGAAACAGAGAGUUUCCAUUAAUGUGAAUCCAUAAUCCAACAUAUAUUUUGGAUUAAUGAGUAUUAUCAAGUUGGAGACUUCUGCACUAAUGUGACCGAUCUUGGAUUUGUAUACGUUGAUAUAUCUUGUAUACGUACAAUUUAUAUAUAUAUAUAUAUAUAUGAAAAUAUGUGUGUGUGAGUGUUUGUGUGUGUGUGUGUGUGUGUGUGUGUGUGUGUGUGUGUGUGUGUGUGUGUGUGUGUGUGUGUGUGUGUGUGUGUGUGUGUGUGUGUGUGUGUGUGUGUGGGUGUAGUCAUCUACAAUAUUCUGACAAUGGUCAAUUUGACUUUGUUCUUUUUUCAUCAAAUAAAAUAUAUUUGUAAUGAUAAAAACUAAACAAGAUUUUUUUUUACAUUAUUCCUUCCCUUUGAAUCACAAUCCCAAACCAUUCCAACACAGAUAAACAAUUCAAUCCAAACAAUGCACAAUACAAUAACUUAAGCCGUUGACUCUCUUUAGUUAAAAUCUUUUCAAAUAACCAAACCAAAAUGUAUCAUCUCAAUUUAUACUAUGGUCUGGGGGAGUACUCGAUUCUGAUUGGCUGCAGGGUGUGCAUUAACCCCUGAUAUACGGACACCUGCUAAGUACUUCCAGUCAAAUUGUCUGUUCAGCCUUAAAAACGAGAGCUGGUAAAUUGUGAAAAAUG